AUGAGCGCACCGCCUACUUCCUCCGCCAUCCCGGAGCACCUGCGCCGGCCAGCGCCCGUGACGCCCGCUCACCAAGGCGGCGGCUUUCACCUGCCCAAGCUGCGCCUCGAGAUGCGCGACCUCGACAACAAGGGGACGCUGCGCGCGCUGGCGGCCAUCAACUUUGGCGAGUGCGUGCGCAGCUGCGCGCACAACGUGCUGCGCCUGCUGUACACGCACCCGUCGCGCGCGCCCUGCCCGCUGCCCACGACGCGCUCCGUCACCUUGAUUGUGCGCGACAUGGACGGCGUCGCGUACACGACCGGCAGCGAGCUCGACGGCGACCACAAGGAGAUUCACCUGUCCACGCGCCACAUUGACAACCAAAGUCCCGAGCGCAUCUGCGACGAGCUCUACGGCGUCAUCACGCACGAGCUCGUGCACUGCUUCCAGUACGAUGGACAGCAUACCUGCAAGGGCGGCCUGAUUGAGGGCAUCGCUGACUGGGUGCGUCUGCGCUGCGGACAUGUGCCCCCGCAUUGGAAGCCCCGCGCCGAGGGCUGCAACUGGGACGCGGGCUACGAGACGACGGGCUACUUUUUGGAUUAUCUUGAGAGGCAAUGCGGAGAGGGCACUGUGCGCCGCAUCAAUUCCAAGCUGCAGUCGGAGAGGUACGAGGAGGAGAAAUUUUGGCCGGAUUUAUUUGGCUCGACUAUUGGAGAGCUCUGGGAGACAUACGCCGCCUCGCUUAACUAG